GUUUGGAGGUAGGAUUAUCUAAACUGCCUCCAAGAUACAAACAAAGAUCACGGGCUUACAUCUGACGCAACUUCAACACUUCCUCCCCAUUUCUCAGAUCGUAAAACCUCACACCACCUUCAUCUCCAUUCUCAAUUUCUCAUCCAAAGUAAUCAUCUUUCUCUUUCACACAUUCCGCCAGGGGAGAAAGAUGUCAACUCCUUCAAGGAAGAGGUUAAUGAGGGAUUUCAAGAGGUUGCAGCAAGAUCCUCCUGCUGGAAUCAGUGGUGCUCCUGUGGAUAACAAUAUAAUGGUCUGGAAUGCGGUUAUAUUCGGCCCGGACGACACUCCUUGGGAUGGAGGUACGUUCAAGCUGACACUUCAGUUUUCGGAAGAUUAUCCUAAUAAGCCACCGACUGUGCGAUUCAUUUCUCGAAUGUUUCAUCCCAAUAUUUAUGCAGAUGGAAGCAUAUGUUUGGACAUUCUUCAAAACCAGUGGAGUCCAAUUUAUGACGUUGCUGCCAUUCUUACAUCAAUUCAGUCGUUGCUUUGUGAUCCGAACCCGAACUCACCUGCAAACUCCGAAGCAGCACGAAUGUUCAGUGAGAAUAAGCGCGAGUACAACAGAAAAGUGCGUGAAAUUGUGGAGCAGAGCUGGACAGCUGACUAAGUUAGUUGUAUCUGGUUUCGAUUUAAAUUACUGUAUUCAGGGUAUUUAUGCUUCUGUCGUCAUCGAUUUGUGUUUUGUUGCUUGUUUAUCGGACCAUUGUGUACAUAUAAUGUCUGUCUGAAUCAUGCGGAUAUUUGUUUAACGAUUGCUAUAUUAUUGGAAGAUUGGAUUGACCCUUUUGGAUCAUUUAUGUUAAA